AUGGAAGGCAAUGUUAGGAAAAGUGUUCAACCUCCUAAUAUAAUUGAGCAACAACAGUAUUAUAAUAAUCAUCAACAACCACAACAACAACAAAAUAACCAACAACAAAAUAACCAACAGCAAAAUAAUUAUUAUCAGCUGCAACAACCAAUGUCAAAUCAACAAUUUAUAUCCCCUUCUUCUUCAACAGCUCAUCCUGCUACUCCAAGAAUGUUAAGAAGUGUUAGUGGUACUUUGAAGUCUAAUGAUCAUAUAAAUAGUAGUGAAAUUAAUAAUAAUUAUAAUACAAGUAAAUCAACAACUGAAGCUGCUCCUAAAAAAGAUCAAUUGUUACCACCAGCUACAUUACCUAAAACUCCACAACAGAAACAACAAACUACAUCUCCAUCUAAAGCACAACAAUCUCAGCAGUCACAGUCUCAACCACAACAACAACAAUUUCAUAGAAAAUCAAUUGGGGAUUGGGAUUUUAUAAAAACUAUUGGGGCUGGUUCAAUGGGUAAAGUUAAAUUAGCUCAACACAAUACAACUCAUGAAAUUUGUGCUGUUAAAAUUAUACCUAGAGCUGCUAAAUUAUAUCAAAGAGCUCAUCAACAUGAUGCCCCACCUCAAACAACUCAAGAAGCUACCCAAAGACAUAAGGAAUUUGAAAAAGAAGUCGCUAGAGACAAAAGAACAAUUAGAGAAGGUGCUCUAGGCAGAUUAUUAUUUCAUCCUUAUAUAUGUAGAUUAUAUGAAAUGGUUCCCAUGACAAAUCAUUAUUAUAUGUUAUUUGAAUAUAUUGAAGGUGGUCAAAUGUUGGAUUAUAUAGUUGCUCAUGGUAGUUUAAAAGAACGACAUGCAAGAAAAUUUGCAAGAGGUAUUGCAUCUGCAUUAGAUUAUUGUCAUCAUAAUAAUGUUGUUCAUCGUGAUUUAAAAAUUGAAAAUAUAAUGAUUAACGAAAAAGGUGAUAUUAAAAUUAUAGAUUUUGGUCUUUCAAAUUUAUAUGAUCCAACUCAUUUAUUAAAGACUUAUUGUGGAAGUUUAUAUUUUGCUGCUCCUGAAUUAUUAAGUGCAAAGCCGUAUAUUGGUCCAGAAGUUGAUGUCUGGUCAUUUGGUGUUGUUUUAUAUGUAUUAGUUUGUGGUAAAGUUCCAUUUGAUGAUCAAAGUGUUUCAGUACUACAUGAAAAGAUUAAAAAGGGUAAUGUUGAAUAUCCAAAUUUUCUAAGUAAAGAAUGUAUUUCAUUAUUAUCAAGAAUGUUGGUUGUUGAUCCAACUAAAAGAGCAACAUUAUAUGAAAUUUGUCUGCAUCCAUGGAUGAAUAAAGGUUGUGAAUAUAAAAUUUCAAAUUAUUUACCACAAAGAAAACCAUUGACAUUACCAUUGGAUCCAGAAAUAAUAAAAACAAUUGCACAAUUUGAUUUAGGUAAUGCAAAAACUGUAACUGAAGAAUUAACUACAUUAUUAACAAGUGUUGAAUAUCAAAUGUGCUGUGAAAAUUGGUACAAGGUAGUUGGUGAGGGUAGAGAAUAUGCAAGUGCUAACAAUUCACAUAUUUUACCUGAUCCAACAGGUGGUUUCCAUCCAUUAAUUUCAAUUUAUUAUUUAGUUGAAGAAAUGAAGAAACGUAAAAAGGCAAAAGAAGAAGCUUUGAAAAGAAGUAUUCCAAUUGUUAAAAUACCUCAACCAAAACCAAGGGAAGAACCACAGCAACAAAUUGCAACUCAAGUUGCUGUUUUACCGAAUACUCCUCAACCAAAAUUGGUAGAAACUUUUGUAAAUACUGCUGCAACUCCACCACAAAGAACAUUAGAUCCUACGAAAACAACUUCCUCAUCAUCUACAUCAAAACCAUCAACUCCAAAGAAAAUAUCAUCACCAAUACCUGAACCACUAUCAAUACCACCACAAGCACAUACAGCAAUUGAUAAAGAUGAAACUAAUCGUCCGUCUGAAGAAGUAACGACAGCAAUUAUUAAUUUACCAGAUCAACAACAAGAAUCAGAAGAUAAACAAGGUUUUAAUCUUAUGAGAACAUUAUCUAAAAAGAAAGAAGAUAGAUUAUCACCAGAUCCAAUGGUUAGAAGAGGUGUAUCAAUGAAAGUGACAGCUAAAGAAAAACAAAAGGCCAAACCAACUAUUCCUUCGACAGCUCCUAGUCAACAACAACAACAACAACAACAACAACAACAACAACAACCAGUUACUCAUCAAAGAACUCCAUCUAAUAAAUUUCAAGGUUUUAUUCCAGUUGAAUAUUUACCACCAUUACCUAAUAUCGAUGCUAAUAAUCAAUUAAUACCAAAACCGGUAACUAAUUCAAUCCCCACUAAAAAACUACAUCCAACUGCAAGAGCUAAAUCUGUUGGUGGUCAUGUUAGAAAAGAUUCAUAUGGUAGAACAAGAUCUAAUAGUCAACAAGUUAAUUCUGCAUUUCCUAAUAAUAUGGGUGAUCAGAAUUCAGAUGAAGUUGAUGGUUUCUUUGAUGAUAUUAAAUUAGAAGAUGUCGAUUAUCAAGAAGUACCUCAAUUGACUGAAGAUCAAAUUAUGGAUCAAUAUAAUCAUGCUAAACCAAAUAGUAUGCCAUCAAUUGAACAUUGUAAGACAUUAUUUUUAAAAGGAUUUUUCAGUGUUCAAACAACUUCAUCAAAACCAUUACCUGUUAUAAGAUAUAAUAUAAUUCAUGUAUUGUCUAGAUUGGGUGUUAAAUUUCAAGAAGUUAAAGGCGGAUUUGUUUGUAUACAUACAAGAUCAGUUAAAGAUGAAGGAGAGGAUAUUUUCCAUGAAUAUGAAAGUCUAUCACCUCAAUCACCAUCAACUCCACAAGGUCAUAAAUCUAAUAAUUCAAUAAGCUCAAAUUCUUCACAACAUAGAAGGAAAUUUUCAAUUGGAAAUAAUUUCUUAACACCUUAUAGAAAAAAAAAUGGUUCAAAUGUAAUGAUGCCACCAAAUACACCAGCUACAGCAAAAGUUAUAUCUGCAUAUGAAGGAGAUGAUGAUGAUGAAGAUGAAGAAAAUGAUCAAUUUGAAUUUGAUGAUUCUGCUGAUUCAUUAGGUUAUGUUGGUGGUAGUGAUAUGUUAGUAUCAUCAAGAAUUGAACAAAGAAAUAGACAUCAUCAAAGAUCAGCAAGUGUUGAUAAAUCUAAUCAAUCAAGUAAAAAUCCAUUAAAAUUUGAAAUUCAUAUAGUUAAAGUUCCAUUAGUUGGAUUACAUGGUGUACAAUUUAAGAAAUUAUUAGGAAAUACAUGGAAUUAUAAAACACUAGCUGGUCAAAUAUUGAAUGAAAUGAAUUUAUAG